AGCGAACAGAUUCUGCCGCACCGCACGCUUCUUUCGGUUUCAAUUAAUUGUAGUUAAUAAAAGUUGAAAGUUAACUGAACAAAUUCUAAAAAAAAAAAUACAAGAAGAUACGAGCGUACGAGAAAUCAAAUAGCAGUUAUCGGGAAAUAUAGAUUUUAUUCGGUAUCUGUACUGGCGAUGGAUGAUAUGAAAAGAAAGCAGCAAAUCAUGUGUUAUUAUUUGUGAUUUUGAAUGGUUGAAUGUGUACCAAAGUUCUUGUUGCUUGAAAGUGAAUAGUAUGGCUGUGUGAGUGGCUGGCGAGGCACGACGAGACAGUGAGAAAAGUGAGCGCAAGCGAUCGUACAACUAGGUUCUCGUACAUAUACAUCAGUGGAUACCUCGACAAAAACAUGCGCAUAUGGAAAUUUAACGCACAGUGAUCGUGAAAACACACAAUUAAUAUAUUAUUCCCUGGAAAAGUCAGAGAUUAACUUCCAUAAAAAAGUGAUAAUAGGAUAUUAAAAAAACAAAGGUAGUAACAGAGACAGUGUGGUGGCAGCAGUCCUUUACCCAUCCAUCCACACCCACCGCCAGCAGUCUAUUGUUGCCGUCGGUCAAAUUGCAGAGAGUCAUCUGGCUGUAAGCUUUAUGGAAGGAUUUCGUUCGCUUGCAAACAUUUCUCAAUCGUCAAAUAAACUGUAAUCAUCGCAAUAACUCCUUCAUCAUUGAAAACCAUUGCUACCUAUAGGUGUCGCGCUGAUCGGCCCCGGCCAAAGGGGCCAUGAAGCGGUGGCCCUUUAUCAUCUUGCAUUUGCUCUCGGUGGCAGUAGUUCUGAUUCCGAGUGUGAGAUGUGUGCGCAGUACUGGGGAGCGGACUGUUAUCAAUGUCGGUUACCUGACGGCAUUGACAGGUGAGCUGAAGGAUAAGCAGGGCUUGGCUAUAUCCGGGGCCUUGACAAUGGCCUUGGAAGAGAUCAAUAAUGACACUAGUCUAUUGCCCAAUGUUCAGCUGACACUACGCUGGAAUGACACCAAAGGUGAUACAGUCCUAGCCACCAAAGCGAUAACAGAAAUGAUCUGUGAUGGCAUUGCAAUGAUAUUCGGACCCGAAGGUCAUUGUUAUGUCGAGGCGAUAGUCACUCAAAGUCGUAACAUUCCAAUGAUAUCAUAUAAAUGUCCAGAAAACAAAGCAUCAUCAAUACCAACUUUUGCCCGAACCGAACCUCCUGAUACACAGGUAAUCAAAUCUGUCAUUUCUCUGUUGCGUUACUACGGCUGGAAAAAGUUCUCCAUUCUGCAUGACGAAAGUUGGACUAUGGUCGCGGAACUGCUUAAAGUGGAGGCCAUUAAAAAGAACAUGACCAUCAAUCACAAGGAAUCAUUCAUAGACAACAUGGCCAAAUGCUGUGAAGAGAUGCUGGCAUGUUGUCGUACGGGCUUUUGGUAUCAGAUUGUUCAAAACACUAUGAAUCGGACGCGCAUCUACGUCUUUCUUGGGACGGCCAAUGCUCUGGUGGAGUUCAUGGCUUCUAUGGACACGGCGAAUCUUUUCUCCAAAGGCGAGUAUAUGGUCAUAUUUGUGGACAUGAUGACUUACACACCGAAAGAAGCCGAAAAGUAUUUGCGAAAGCCAGAGCAAGUAGAGCACAUGACGAGUUGUGGUGAAACGGAUGCUUUCAUUCAGCGCGCCAGAAGUUUGCUGGUGGUUGCUUCCACCCCACCCACGGACAGCUACGAGAACUUUACUGCCAAAGUUAGGGAGUACAAUCUGAAGCAGCCGUUCAACUUCACCUUGCCACAAUUAUUUCACAGCAAUAAUUUCAUCAAGUUUGUUUCUAUAUAUGCCGCUUACCUCUAUGACUCUGCCAAGUUGUAUGCCUGGGCUUUGGAUGAAUUACUGCGUAAUUCAACUGGAGACCGCCCCUUGACCUCUGAGGAGAUAUACAAUAUAGCCAGCGAUGGAACGAAAAUCAUUGAGACCAUAAUUAAAAAUGGCACCUACAAAAGUGUUACGGGAGCCACCAUCAAAAUCGACAACAAUGGGGAUUCCGAAGGUAACUUCUCGGUGUUGGCUUACAAACCGUUUAAGUAUUCAUACCGGGAAAACUUACAAUGUAAUUUCCACAUGGUACCAGUUGCACAUUUCCAACAAGGAACUGAUAUUCCAGAAUACAAACUUAUCAAUGGGUCUAUGCGUGUGGACUGGCCUUCAGGCGGAGACCGGCCGUUUGACGAGCCCAUGUGUGGAUUUGCCAAUGAGCUGUGUAAAAAGGAUGAUCGGCAUAUAACUUCCUUAGUGGCAGCCGGUAUUCUGGGCCUGCUACUUUUCUGUGCCGGCGUAGUAACCAUGAGUAUAUACCGGAAAUGGAAGAUUGAAUUGGAAAUCGAAGGUUUACUGUGGAAAAUUGAUAUAUCGGAAAUAAAAGGUUAUGCCGUAAAUGACAUGGUCUCGUCUCCAAGUAAGUUAAGCCUGGUGAGUGCACAGUCAUUUGGGUCGCGGUGCUCGAACCAAGUAUUUACAUCGACAGCCCGACUACGUGGAGCUGUGGUCCGCAUAAAGGAAUUGAAAUUCUUGAGAAAAAAGGACAUGUCACGGGAAAUCAUGAAGGAAAUGCGUCUGUUGCGCGAACUCCGUCAUGACAAUGUGAAUAGUUUUAUUGGCGCCUGUGUGGAGCCAAUGAGAAUCCUUCUAGUCACGGACUACUGUGCAAAGGGAAGCUUAUACGAUAUCAUUGAAAAUGAGGACAUUAAACUGGACGAUUUGUUCAUAGCGUCCUUGAUUCACGAUCUCAUAAAGGGAAUGAUUUAUAUACACAACUCAUCAUUAGUUUUCCAUGGAAACCUUAAAUCAUCUAAUUGCGUGGUUACAUCGAGGUGGAUGUUGCAGGUCACAGAUUUUGGAUUGCACGAUCUGAGGCAUUGCGCCGAAAGCGAAUCAAUAGGAGAGCAUCAACACUACAGAAAUCAGUUCUGGAAGGCACCAGAGCUUUUGAGAAACCCGCAUGUUUAUGGCUCCCAGAAGGGAGAUGUUUAUGCCUUUGCGAUUAUUAUGUAUGAAAUAUUCAGUAGAAAGGGACCAUUUGGACAAACUCUGUACGAGCCUAAGGAAAUUGUAGAUUUGGUAAAGAAGAGCCCACGACGGGGACACUUGCCAUUUCGGCCGGAGCUUGAGUGCAUUAUUGAGGGAGAGUUAUGUCCCGACUACGUCCUAAGCUGUAUAACAGACUGUUGGCAUGAAGAUCCAGAGGUUAGGCCCGACUUUCCCACCAUAAGAACACGUCUUAAGAAAAUGAGGGGUGGCAAAACGAAAAACAUUAUGGAUCAAAUGAUGGAGAUGAUGGAGAAGUACGCCAACAAUUUGGAAGACAUUGUCACGGAACGCACUCGUCUGUUGUGUGAAGAGAAGAGGAAGACAGAAGAUCUACUGCAUCGUAUGUUGCCGCAGUCUGUGGCUGAAAAACUCACAAUGGGAUUGGGUGUGGAACCAGUUUCCUAUGAUUUGGUCACCAUAUACUUCAGCGACAUUGUCGGUUUUACUGCCAUGUCAGCAGAGAGUACACCGCUACAAGUUGUGAAUUUCCUUAACGAUUUAUACACCGUGUUCGACCGCAUCAUCAGGGGUUACGAUGUCUACAAGGUUGAGACAAUUGGGGAUGCAUAUAUGGUAGUGUCCGGCUUGCCGAUAAAGAAUGGCGAUAGACAUGCAGGCGAAAUAGCUUCAAUGUCCUUGGAGCUACUUCAAGCGGUAAAACAGCACAGAAUUGCCCACCGACCCAACGAAACGCUCAAGUUGCGCAUUGGAAUGCAUACUGGGCCUGUGGUUGCAGGCGUUGUGGGUCUCACAAUGCCACGCUAUUGUCUCUUUGGUGACACUGUGAACACCGCAUCCCGGAUGGAGUCAAAUGGCGAGGCAUUAAGAAUACACAUCUCAAGCAAAUGUAAGGAAGCCUUAGAUAAACUGGACGGUUAUAUAACCGAGAAACGGGGUCUAGUCAAUAUGAAGGGCAAGGGUGAGGUCGUCACUUACUGGCUCGUGGGCGCCACAGAGAAGGCCAUACAAAAGAAACCAGUGGACAUGACCGAUUUACCGCCGCCGUUGUUUUGCCGUCCGCGAAAAAGUCCCAAACUAAAUUCUGAUUCCAGACAGCCUAGUAUUGUCGGCAUGCAUUUCGCCGGGGGCGGUUCGAGGCGACAAUCCAACAGUGUUCCACGAGCUGAUAUGGAAUCUAAUUAUAGCCUACAGGGUUCCACGCAUCAAGUGCUACGUGAUUCGCCCCGUUUGCCUUCAAAGCGCAACGAUCGUCCAUCGGCAAACGGGGUGGGUAGUUUUCAAGACAAUAGCAUACCUGAGCACAUGGGCUUCUGCGGGAGCGGCGCUAGCUAUGGCGUUGGUUUCUCAGAUAUCUUGCCGGAGUCUCCGCGAAUAUCGCACAGCACUCUGGAGCAUUCCGAAACAAACUGUGAUAAUAGUGGCGUGGGCGUCAAUGGCGACAUCAGUUCUUCAUUUUGCACUUCACGCCUUAUUGCUAGUCUUUCACAAAAACCUCUGGCGAUGGUGCGCCCACAUAGAAUUGUCAACUAUCCAAACUCGUCUCAGGAUUACUAUGGUAGUGGAUAUAUAAGCGGCACUUCUGUGGUUGCUCAUCAUAAUCUGCGAGAAGCCCGAUCUCUUGAUCCCAUCCCCUUCCAGCUGCGAAAACGGCAUGAACCAAAGAUACUGCCACCAUCCAAGCUUAGCAAAAAUAAUUCCAGGUCUUUGGAUGCAGGUGUAUCACUUAUAAGCGAUAAUCCAAAUGGGACUACAGGCACGGCGUCGUCCCAAGCGCAAGAUUCGAACUCAGAUGGGGAGCGAAGAUGUAAAGCACCACUCACUGAACCAAACUCUACGCAAAUGUCAGAGGAAUUCGAAGACGAUAUUGGGCUAUUGCUGUCACGUGAUAAUGGUGACCUGAACAAAAGAAAUUCAGUCUCAAUCGUUCCCGCUGGAUCAUCUGUGCUUAAUAGACGACGGAGCGGCGGUGGCUUCUCCAUUGCUGGCCUCAGUUCGGGGAAUACGGGUGUUUCAAUGUUACCCUAUAAACAUCUUAACAACAAUUGUAAUGGUGGCAUGACUAUCGAAGAAGACGUCCAGGCCCCACUGUUGCAACGUCAGGCUUCUCUAACUACAACACCUACCCUAGAAAAGGCCAAGCGAUGGCAUUCACUUGAAGGAAUUCAACACCAUACCGUCAAUAGUGUCAGCUAUGCAGCCGACAUUGACGGUCGGCAAGCCGAGGCAAGUAGCUCAUCGUCUAAGGCAGCAAGCAACAAAAAAUCAUCCCACCGCAAUGCACCCGGCAAUGGAAAUUCGUCCUCUUUCCUGGACCGCCUGGUGAGUAUAUUCCACGGCAACGGGAAAAAAGGCACCAACUCCUCAAUGCGCCGUGUAGGCAUUCUGCCCAGCUCUGUAAGGGGAGUUCCUGGAUUCAACGACCUAAGCAGCUCAUCACGAGACCGCGAAAGUAUAGUGUAACACAUGAUAUGCUUUUUUUGAGAUCUUCCCUGUCCGCAGAAUUGUGUCUAGUCACAGUCUCUAGACUAACUAUGUAUUUUUAGUUUUUCUUAACAAGAUUAAUUAUUGUAAUAUUAACCCCAUGUUAGCACCCUUCUUCUAUCUCCGGCUCCCAAAGUCUCUCCACCCGCAUCAUCAAUUCCCCAAUCCCAAAAUUCACAGUAGCAGUACUAAAUAUAUAUAAUUCUAAUUUCACCUAUUUUUAAUUAGUUAUUUUACUUUGUUCGAUCGCUUGUUCGAAGACACAUCCGGAAAGAAAGCCCAAUUAUUAAUCGAACAGCAGACAACAUCUUAUGCUUAAUUAGAUAAAAAUUUAGAUAAGUUCUGUAGCUCUAAAUGAAACUACUACCUACAUCUAGUUAUUGAGUUAGAUGGCACAAUUUAAGUGCUUUGUAUAUAUAUAUAUAUACAUUUAUACAUGUAUCAAAUAAUGAAGUAUUGCUUUUUCAACACGAAACACAUUCAGUUCACUUUAGCGUAAUGUAACAUUUCCAUGAGUGUAGCAAAUAAAAAAAAUCCCCUACAAAUAAGAUAUUGAUUUUCACCAUCAACUAUGAAUCACUCUUUCCGUAUUAGUCAAAGAAGAUCCUUUGCAGUCCCAGACUUUUACAUUUAAAGAGUGUUUCUAAUGCAAGUCAAAAUGGAAGCAGAGCAUGAUCUCUAGCAACCUUAACGCGUUUGUGGUUCAAGUACGAAUAGCAUGAACAAACGCUGCAGAAAUUAAAUUUUGAAACCAUAUUUGGAUAGCUUAGUAAUUGAAAUAUUAAGUAAUUCAAGUAAAUACUUUUGAUCUUCAUCAGUCAGGAGGUGCUAUGACCCGACACCAUUUUCUGGUUAUUCGACUUGUAAGAUAGUUAUAAGCAACCUCGAAACGUGCAUUGCUUAUGUGUUGUUGUGUUUUAUAUUGUGAGACCGCAUGCACGCCUACUGUUUAGGUGCAUGUGUGCCAUGCCGUGCUUGUGGUCACCUAGGUUAUACAAUGCAGACGUGUUACAAUUUACAUAUCGUCGUACGUAAUUAUUUAUAUAUAAACAUAUACUAUUAUUGUUUUCUAGUUCUUAAGAUGAUUGUUCUACAUUUACUUAUGUAGCUUUAGAGACAAAAAUAAAAUGUGAAUGCAGAAAUGUCGAGAAUUAUUAAGAAACUUGAGUUUAAUCUACGUAUUUAUGUUAUUACUGGAUAUCUGUCGAAAAUCAUGUUCACUACCGUAAUCCUGACAAAGAGCACGAAAAAGAACCAAUUAAUUACAUUGCCCGAAAACUUGUAACGGAAGCAGAAUUACGCAAAAAGUAGAACAAUACUAGUAGUAGUAAAAUAUACUUCUUUUUAUUUUAUUAUUUGCUUUUGCAUUCUGGUUAAUUCUUUGUUUUUGUUGUUUAUGUAAAUGUUUUGUAAGGAAACAUCAAAUAGCAUCGAUUCUAGUUAUUUUUGUAAUUAUUCUCAAAUGAUGAAUUGCCAUAUUAAAAGUAUGAAUAUUUACAACUUUAAAUAAAUAAUAAAUAAUUAUAAACAAGCAUA